AUGGGCUGCUUUUUGGCAAAAUUGAGCGAAGAAGAGAUUCUUGAGCUUGAAAAGAGCACGCCUUUCUCCAGGAGCGAAAUAAUCGAUUGGCACGAAUGUUUCUACACUGACAGUCCUGGCGGGGCGAUGAAUCAAUUCGAAUUCACGAAGAUGUACUGUCAAUUCUUUCCAAAAGGAGAUCCAACCGAGUUCUCAAAGUUUCUCUUCAAAAAUUUCGACGAAAACGGCGAUGGAUCGAUCGAAUUUACGGAGUUUCUGAGUGCGAUUUCGAUGACUUCCCGCGGCUCAAUUGAGCAAAAACUAGAAUGGGCGUUCAAACUGUAUGAUAUCGACGGAGACGGAGCAAUCACAAAGGAAGAAAUGCUUCAAAUUGUCAGGGCGAUGUUCUCGAUGUUCGGAGACGACGCGAUCAAGAACUUGGAAGAAAAUACGCCAGAGAAAAGGGUCGAGAAAAUCUUCUCGCUCGUCGACACUGAUGGAAACGGGGAUUUGUCGAAAGAAGAGUUUAUUCAAGCGGCGAAACUGGACUCGGCAAUUGUCAGUGCGCUUUCUUUGUACGAUGGACUUAUCUAA